AUGUCAAUUGCUACGUGGAAGCGUCACAUGACACCAUGUCCAAGCCCCAGCACAGAGCCCCGUUGGAAGAACAAUACGUCAUUUGUCAGUCGCUUUUCCACCAGACGGCGCGAUCGUUCUUCUCAAGUGACAAACAACGUACAGUCACCAAUGGUGCCCCGACAAAUUCGCAAAGCUUUCAUGGCGGGAGAUGAGGAGAUUUCUGAAUCUUUGAACAGAAGUCAACUGAGUCUGUCCGUUGGGGAUCAAGAUCAUGUAUCGGUUCGAAAAGAAAGUUCGAUAUCUUCAGUUUACACCAAAGAAUCCGAAGCUUGUUCGAUUCUGUAUCCCACACAUUUUUUUAUAACUUCUAUCUUUCUUUCGCCAUUACUUUUUUUCUUUUCUUUACUCUUCAAGAUUUCAUUAUCCAUUUUCCUCUUUCUCUUCUUACUUUUCUCCCUUUUUAAUCUUUCUUCCUCUCUAUAUAUACCUUGA